AUGAACUGUUCGGAAGCAAGUGGUAAUCAGCCGUCAGUAGUUCAAGAGGAAAUGACCGAAACUACAGAACUGAAAGAAGAGAAACUAAAAUCAAAGUAUCCGAUAGACUUGGGAAGUUCUUCGGGCAACACAGCAUUCUUGCAGAAACGCUUCCAGAAGGGGCAAAAAUUUUUUGACUCUGGUGACUACCAAAUGGCUAAGCAAAAAUGUGACGAUACGAAGCAAACCUUUGCGAAUGAUAUUACCACUGGACAGCUAAUACCUACACCUGAAACCGUUCCUGUUCGAAAAACUUCGAUUAUACAAUUUCAUCUCAGUCACAUUGCUUUGCCAUGUCGAGGGUAA